AUGAGAAAGGGAUACAAGAGCUCAGCUGGGAAGGGGCAGGAGUUGAGGGUGGGUGCUCCAGGCAAGAAUAGCAUGUGCUACGCCAGGAGUGUGAUCAUUCCUAGAGCUGCUGGAACAGAUUCCCACCAACUUAGUGGCUCAAAGCAACAUGAGCUUAAUAACUCUCUUACAGUUCUAGAGGUGGCCUCAUUACCUUUCGGGGACACGCUCCGAGCUUUCCACCUGCCGUGGUGGCUGGAGGCCACCCGUGCCUUUCUACUAGACUCUAGCUCUGUGAGCUUCGAAGGUCGACACUUGCUCUCCCUGGAUCUUCUCCAAGUGCUCCAGGGCCUGCUGGCGUUCAUUCUGGACCUCUCGUCCCCUGGCAAGCAUUUGCUUCCUCCAUCCAAACGAUCCGGGACAGCAGAGCCCCCUGAGGAUUUGCUCUAA